AACAUCCCCAUUUUUCAUGGCGAUGACCCAAAACAUGGCAGAUCUAGUCAUCAAAGGCCUGAGACGGCGUUGAAAGCACAUGGUAAACACAAUGGUUAGGAUGUGCUUAUGUCAGCUGCUAUAGAGGUGCUUUUCGUGCCGCGAACUGGCCUUCCACCACACUCACGUCCUGCGCACCGCACACCGUCUCUCCUCUCUCGUUGCGCAAGCCGGCGAAGAUACCCAUUCCACAGCCAGGUCUUGCAGCCAUAAUGGCAUCCGACUACAGCGUACCCGUCGAUCCUGCAGGCCACCAGCCGCACCCGUACCUGCACGAGCCGCUUCUGUACAUCACCGGCCUGCCAUCAUACGUCAAGGACGAGGACCUCGCCAUGGCCUUCCAGGCGUGCGCACCGUUUCGCCCGCAUAUCCCGCGCGACGGCUCGACGAAGGUCGUUUCAGGCACAAUUGAAUUCCGAGAUCUUGAGAAAGCGGAGAAAGCUCUUGCGACACUGCAGUCGCGCCCGAUCCCAGGCAUGCAACCCCCAGUGCUGCUUGUGCUGUCGCCCUACCCAUCGACCACUCCUCCGACCCCACUGCCACCACCGAAUGCUCUGCCACGGCUUGUGAAGCAUCUGCCGCCGGGCUUCACUGACUCACAAUUGUACGACCUCUUCCGUCCGUUCGGCGCGCUAGCCUCUGCUCGAACCCAGUCUCCAUUUGGGAGAGACACUGGCGUGGUGGAGUUCUGGCGGGAGGAGGAUGCGCAUCAGGCGGAAGAAGCCAUGCACUGCGCAGACGUGGAGGGCCAGAACAUCGCAGUGCAAGUAUAUCAGCCAAGGAGAGCCGGCGGCAUCGCAGAUUUCAAUGCGACUGCGCCGACGUUCGUUCCGACGGGCUCUGUGUAUCCGUAUCCCACACAGUACUCGCCUCCACGUUCCGUACCAUAUCAUCCUCGAUCACCUGUUCCUCCCUUCAUGCAUGGACCUGGACAGCAGGUACAGCUCGCGCCGCUGAGUGGUCCCGGAUCGACCAGUCACAGCGGACUGAUCGAUCCUUGCAAUCUGUUCAUUAAAAAUCUUGAUCCCUCAAUCGAUUCGAACAGCCUCUUUUCACACUUCCGCCAGUUUGGUCAAAUCGUGAGUGCUCGAGUUAUGCGCAAUGAGAGCGGCGAGAGCCGUGGUUUCGGUUUCGUCUCAUACCAGACACCCGAUCAAGCUUCGAUGGCAAUGCAGACCAUGAACGGGAUCACACUUGGCUCCAAGCAGCUCGUUGUGCGUCUGCACGAGCCGAAACAGCUGCGGCAAGAGAAGCUGGCGGCGCGAUUUGGGGGCCAUAAUGGACACCCGAGAAGCAGCAGUGGCGCAACCAGCCCCACCGCGAGCGAGGCAGGCGAGAGCUAUGCAGGCUGGUCGAGUCCGGGUCACCGUCCGACACCAUUAUCGCCCAUGAUGCACAGCGAGCGUCUAGACCGGGGAAGAAGGAGCUCGGGAAGCUACUAUCAAGCCGCCUUGUCGGGCACGCUGAACAUGCCUAUGCAGUACGAUGAACUGUCUACUCUGACACCUGUCGUGCGGAAGGAAGUCUUGACGGGUGAACUGAGCCGACGUAUCAAGGCCAUGAAUGUAGCUUUACCUGAGGAGCUCGAUGCUGUAGUGGAGUCGAUCGUCGGUCUCUCGCUCAUUGAUGUCGUCCAGGGCAUCCAGGAUCCGAGCAAGCUUGUUCAGCAAGUGCGAGUCGCCAAAGGCUCAGUCGGAGUCUCCAAGACCUCCUCUCCCGCCAAAUCGCCAUCACCCGCAGUAUCACAGGACUCGCGCAAUCUAGACGUGCUAAAUGCGACUGCAUCAGCGCCCGACCAUCCAUCGACGCCCAUAUCCAUGCCUGCGACGCUUUCCACUCCUCCGCGCACAGAAUCGCCUUCCGGCUCCGUCGCGCCCACUUCCGAACGCGAGCGCAUGUUCGCCGCGGUCAGCAAGCUAGAGUCGGCGCGGAUCGCCGAGCUGACCGAGCUCCUGAUGAGCCUACCAAAGCGCGAGCGUGCUAUGUGUCUGUUCAAUGUCGAGGUGUUGCGGGCAAAGAUCGCAGAUGCCAAGAUGGUGCUAGAGGUCGACGAGGGUCAGGAGGAGCAGCAUGCAAAGUCGGAGCCGCCUGUAACGCCGCAGGCUAGGAAAGUUGCGACACCCUUUGACGUAUCACCGAAGACACCAGAUUUGUCCUCGCGGGGACCGUCUGCCGCGGCAUCGCCGACGCCACCGACGCCUAGUCAGCUGACGUCGUCCACAACAACGUACACGAUUGCAUCGCUUGCGCGACUUCCUGCAGCAGAGAUUAUCAGGCUGGCGAACGGCUCGUCUGCCACGGGGCUGCCCUUGCCGAAGGCCGACCCGGCGGUGGUAAAGGCUACAGAUGAAUUCAUGGAUGGCCUGACGGAUAAGCCUAUUGCACAACAGAAGCAGCAAUUGGGCGAUAAGAUCUUCCGUGCGGUCAAGUCGUUUGGCAUCAAGGGAGCCCCCAAGAUUACGAUUGCUCUCCUUGACCAAGAUGAGCUCCGUCCUCUCGCACAUCUCGUGAAUAGCUACCCAUCCGUCCUCAAGGAGAAGGCGCUUCUUGUCCAGGCCUCGGUCAGCAAGUGAUCACGGCGGCCUGAUAUCGAUCUUCCCAUACAUACUCACGAUUUCCACGUGUCCCAAGUUCUUCCCGUCAAGCGAUAUCUACUUUCCUCGAAGCAUAGCCUCCUAAUCGCCGCACCUUCUCAAGGCGGCUCGUCCCAUCAAUAUUGCAAUCAUAUCGGCCGGAUGGUCCCAUUCAUUUCAAUUUCACCUCACCUUAGUGGUUUCCCUCUCAUCGCUACUCCUCUACUACCAACCGUUGAGUCACGCAAUGCACGGUUCUCGUACUUACUUAACGAUACAUUUCGCGUAGCUACUUGCUUAUGACCUUUACGACCUCCAGUACCGUCCGCUCCUUGCUUGUCUCCACGUGGUGCCUGAGUAUCAAAUCAAUGUGUCAUGGGUCCACCAAUGGCAUGAUAACGGAAUGAUUCGCAGCUAGAUGCAAUCGGUCAGUUAGAGCGGUCGUACCAGAAAGCUAUUUUAACGCAGUCAG